AUGCAUUAUUUCCUCGUCAUUUGUUCGAUAGUUUCGCUCAAACGGAUCGCAGCAAUCGACUCUAAUCACAGCCUGCUGCUCCAAGAGGUCCCCAUAGGCAGCGACGCCAUAUUGCCCUGCACGAGCAACACCGACAACUAUCUAUUCCAACAAUGGAUAUUAGAUAAUAAUUCGUCCAUCGGCCCGACCAACAAUUCCAAAUUCGACGUCGGAAAAUUCGAUUACGAAGUUUUAUCGGGGAAUUUGCUAAUUCGGGCCGUAUCGAAGGAUGACGAGGGGAUUUACAGGUGCGUCUCCAGGUCCGUCCGAGGGGGAGACACUAAAAUGGAUAAAGUGCGAAUGGUGGUUUUGGAGGACUGGGAAGAAGUAUACGAGCACGACACUAAAGUAAACAUGUUUCGGAUUUUACUCAUUCUCAUCACGCUCGUUUUAAUAGCAAUGGGAAUUUACUUUUUGUACACCAUUUGGAAAGACAGAUAUAGGUAUCCUACUUAUUUAGAACAAGACGACGAUGAGGAAGAUACGGAGGAAUUAUUCAACAAUCCCGGUACGUCGGGAAUUAGUAGCGAAGUAGAAUCGUCGAUUGGUGGAGAUAGGAAUCCUUUCGUCGGCCAUUUAAACGCCGGAACGGAUUUCGAAAGCAUCUUAGAGAAGACUAAUGAAUAA